UCUGGAGCCAGCUCCUCCCCGCAGCGGCAGCGGCUCUUCCCCGCCCGCCAGCCCGCUUCGCAGGAGCGACACCCCCAGCAGCGUCAGGUAGGUUCCCGGAGCGCGGCCUUGGUUGUAGGCCCGGCCGGAGCCAGGCUGCGGCGGCUGCUCCGUUGGGAGGAGAGCAGCCUGAGGGCGCUGGGGAGGGAUUGGCCGGCGAGCCGAAGAUGGCGCCUCCAGAGGGCUGAAGGGGGCGGGCGGAGGGAAGGAAGCGAGCAGAGGCUGGGCUCUGGCAGCAGGGCCGGGAUAUGCGGCAGCGGCUGCUCCCUUUUCUCAGUAGGACUCUGACCUCCUUGGUGAGCCCCGUUUCCUCCCGGCCUCCUCUUCUGCAGCGGUGGCCUCGCCCGCCUGGGCUUCAGAAGAAUACCCAUAACAAAAUGAGCAAUCCAGCUAUUAAGAGAAUAGCAAACAAAAUUAUCAAAUCACCUGAGGAUAAGCGAGAAUAUCGUGGACUAGAACUGGAAAAUGGCAUCAAAGCAAUGCUCAUCUGCGACCCCACUACAGAUAAGUCUUCAGCAGCACUUGAUGUACACAUAGGAUCAUUAUCAGACCCCCCAAACAUUGCUGGGCUCAGCCAUUUUUGUGAGCAUAUGUUGUUCUUGGGAACCAAGAAGUACCCAAAAGAGAAUGAGUACAGUCAGUUUCUUAGUGAGCAUGCAGGAAGUUCAAAUGCUUUCACCAGUGGAGAACACACCAAUUAUUACUUUGAUGUGUCACAUGAACAUCUAGAAGGUGCAUUGGACAGGUUUGCCCAGUUUUUCCUAUGCCCUUUGUUUGAUGAGAGCUGCAAGGAAAGGGAGGUGAAUGCUGUUGAUUCCGAGCAUGAAAAGAAUUUAAUGAAUGAUGCCUGGCGAUUGUUUCAGUUGGAGAAAGCUACUGGAAGUCCCAAUCAUCCCUUCAGUAAAUUUGGAACAGGGAACAAAUUCACUUUGGAAACUAGACCAACUAAGGAAGGAAUAGAUGUAAGACAAGAGCUGUUGAAGUUCCAUUCUACUUAUUAUUCAUCAAAUUUAAUGGCUAUUUGUGUCCUAGGACGGGAAUCCUUGGAUGAGCUGACCGGUUUGGUAGUGAAGCUAUUUUCAGAAGUAGAGAACAAAAAUGUUCCAUUACCAGAAUUUCCUGAACAUCCUUUCCAAGAAGAACAUCUUCGGCAACUUUACAAAGUGGUACCUAUUAAGGACAUUAGAAAUCUUUAUGUCACGUUUCCAAUACCGGACCUUCAGAAAUACUAUAAAUCAAACCCUGGUCAUUACCUUGGUCAUCUCAUUGGGCAUGAAGGUCCAGGAAGUCUUUUAUCAGAACUCAAAGCUAAAGGCUGGGUAAAUACUCUGGUUGGAGGACAGAAAGAGGGUGCUAGAGGUUUCAUGUUCUUCAUCAUUAACGUGGACCUGACAGAGGAAGGGCUUUUGCAUGUUGAAGAUAUAAUUUUGCACAUGUUUCAGUAUAUUCAAAAACUACGUACGGAAGGACCUCAAGAAUGGGUUUUCCAAGAAUGCAAGGAUCUAAAUGCUGUGGCUUUCAGAUUUAAAGAUAAAGAACGACCGCGAGGUUAUACAUCAAAGCUUGGAGGGAUUUUGCAUUAUUAUCCCAUAGAAGAAGUGCUUGCUGCUGAAUAUUUACUUGAAGAAUUUAGGCCUGAUUUAAUAGAGAUGGUGCUGGAUAAAUUGAGGCCAGAAAAUGUCCGGGUUGCAAUAGUUUCUAAAUCUUUUGAAGGAAAAACUGAUCGAACAGAAGAGUGGUAUGGAACACAGUAUAAGCAAGAAGCAAUUUCUGACGAAGUCAUCCAGAAAUGGCAAAAUGCUGACCUAAAUGGGAAAUUCAAGCUUCCAAUGAAGAAUGAGUUUAUUCCUACUAACUUUGAAAUUUUGCCACUAGAAAAGGAUGCACCACAGUACCCUGCUCUUAUCAAGGUAAGGAUAUGUAUUACUUACAUCAAAUGGAAGUUAUGUCAGCCAGCUAGCUUGCUGGAAGGUUAACUAUUAUUCCCUGAU